CGCCAGAGAAGACCGCCACAGGCUGGAGUCCGCCUUGCGCAUGCGCCCUGAGGCGGGGGGAAGGGAGCCCGGUUUGACCCCCGGCGGCGCCCGUAGAGCGGCGGCGUGACGUCCAACGUGCGCGCCGCGGGCGGGCGCCGGGAUGCAGCGGGUGGCGCGGGGCGCGGUGGCCCGGGCGGGGCUCUGGCCCCCGGCCCGGCUCUUCCGAGCCGCCCCCCAGGCGCUGGCGGCCGACAAGGAGGCGCUGAUGAGGCUGCGGCGGAAAACGGGGCUCUCGUUCGUGCACUGCCGGCAGGCGCUGCUGCGCUUCGAGGGCGACCUGGGCCAGGCUGAGGCCUGGCUCAACGAGCAGGCGCAGAAGGAAGGCUGGAGCAAAGCCACCAAGCUGCAGGGCCGCAGGACCAAGGAGGGCCUCGUCGGGCUGCUGCAGGAGGGCAACGCGGCCGUCAUGGUGGAGGUGAACUGCGAGACAGAUUUCGUGGCCAGGAACGCCAAGUUUCAGCAGCUGGUGCAACAGGUCGCCCUGGGCACCAUGUUCCACUGCCGGAGCAGCGCGGAGCGGCCGACGUCCUACACCAAGCAUUUCCUGAAGCCGGAUGAGCUCUCCCAGCUCCGGACGGGGCCCGGCGGGGCCCUGCUCAGCGACCAGGUGGCUCUGGCCAUAGGGAAGCUGGGCGAGAACAUGACGCUGCGGCGUGCCGCCUGCCUGGCCGUGCCGGAGGACUGCUACAUCGCCGCCUACGUGCACGGCUCCCUGCCGGCCAGCGCCGCGCCGGCGGCCACCGUGGCCAUGGGCAAGUACGGCACGCUGGUGGCCUGCCGCCCGGCCGAGCCCUGCCCCGCGGCCGGCCUGCGCGACGUGGGGCGCAAGCUGGCGCAGCACGUGGUGGGCAUGGCGCCGCGCUCCGUGGGCUCCCCCGAGGACGAGCCCGGCGGUGAGACGGAGACCAGAAUGCUGGCGCAGAGCUUCCUGCUGGACCCCAGCGUGACGCUGGGCCAGUACCUGCAGCCCCGGCGCCUGGCCGUGCUGGACUUCGUGAGGUUCGAGUGCGGGGAGGAGAUGGAGCAGCCGCAGGCAGAGUAGGCGAGGAGGAAGAAACAGCCUCUUGGGCCCAGCGCUGAGCUCUGCCCCGCGGUUUGAGCCGGGAUCGGUCUCUCCGCGAGCCCUGCUGGAAACACAGCAGCCGGAGAAGGUAAAAGGGUUGGUUUGUGCGGAGGACCAGGCCCAGCCCGGCCUGGCAGAGCUACUCGAGGGGCAGCGCGAGCCCUGGGUGGGCCGUGGCCCCUCUCGUGUCUCGGCAGAAUAAAGAGACGCCCAAGUUUGGAGGUA